CGGAAUUCUAAACUCUUCUCAGUUCCUUCCCGCAGCCCUGGAUGAGUUGCUCAGAUUAAGCGACCGAGUCCAUCAAUACUCCACGGAACUCGACGGCAAGAGGAUCUAUCACGGCUGCGAUAAGAAGAAGACGUCUUUACAGAAGUGCGCCAAAUGCUCACUGUUUUGGUACUGCAACAAGUCUUGCCAGGCCAAUGGCUGGAAUGGUAGAGGCCACAAGCGUGAUUGUAAGCUCGUCAGGGAUAAUGACGUGCACGCAAUGUUUCUCAUGGACUGGGACCAUUUCGAAGACUUUGUCAAGUUUCCUCUCCAUGACACAGCAAAAUCUGAAGCCAUAUCCCCGGAAGCGGACGAAGCUGAUCCAGCUAUCUGUGGUGACGAUUACUCCGCUGGGACUGGAGUUGAUGCUAUGAAGACAGCUGGGGACAAUAAGCAGGGGAAGGAGGGAAAUUACUCUCUAGAAUUAGAGGACCUCCUCAAAGAUAUCGAUUUCAAUUCCACGACUGACUCAGGACCAACGCAUCAGAUAGAGGACUUGAAGAAUUGGCCCCUUGAGGGCAAGACGCCGGAGAAAGAGCACAAACAUUCCGACGCUGAUCAGAAAGCGAGAGAGCUCGAGGGAAUUCAGAGGCGUAUCGAGCGACAGGCUGCCCGGGAGAAAGCAAUGGCACGAGCAAAAGAAGCUAUGCAUAAGAUGACCAAUUCCGCGGAGCCAUCGGCGAGCGGACCAGAGAAGGACUUUCCAAACGACCCAACGAAGCAACAAGGCUCCCAGAAAACGGGCGCGGCCGGCGAUAGUACCCUCGUUCAGCGAUGCAUCCAGUCAGCCAUCCCUUCCAUUGCUGCAACCACCGGGACCGAUAUUCUCGAGACGAUCAACCUUGAUCUCCUCAAUGAGCAUUUCGAUUUGAAUAUUGACCUCUCUGAUGCCUGGCAGCGUCUUCUCAAACCUGGGGCGAUAGCUGAAAACAUUAAAGCAUAUCUAGAAGAAUGCGCCACAGAUCCAUAUGCAUGGAAUAUUCUGAAAAGAGAGGGCCAUUUCAAACUCAAUCUAUGGAGGGUCACUCGAGCCUAUGGGGAAGACGGGAACCGGAGGAAUACAAAUCGCGAAUAUCUUAUAGCCAUUCUUGAGACUCUGCGCAAAAUCCUCGAGAAGGACGUGGAGUGGGAGAUCGUCCCCGAUCGCGUGCCCAGAGCUGUGAUGAGAAUGGCGAUUGCAGUAGCUAAGGAAGGCCCCAAUCCGCCUGGGAUCGAUGUGGGGGACGAAGACUUCCAGAUAGGCUCAAGCGAGCCUGUAACUUGCACGUGACUUUCUUACUUGGAACAGUUAGCGUAACUUUUAGCAAGUGCGUCAAUGUAGGAACCAAUUUCCAAGGGUUUUGCUGCCAACUCCUCAACAUCUACCCCACUUUAAGGCGAGAUAUGAGGAGCGACCUAACAAACUGCUAUAUCCUGAUCUAGGCAAGGAUUUGGAGUCGAAUGUUCUGCUAGCC